CCCGAACUGCGCCACACAUGGCUCAUUACGAUGGCGCGCAAUCACGAGCAGAAUGGUAACAUAUCGGAGGCGGCUUGCUGCCACCUGCACAUCGCUGCGCUCAUGUCAGAGUAUUUACGUUUACGUGGUGGCUGCAACAUCAAUUGGGGCGCCUCGUCCUUCAAGCAGAUAUCACGCAAUAUACCGCGUGACGAGCAAGGUUUGAAAUUGGAUGCAGGCGCUCAGGAUUCGCAAUACACCGAACAGAUGCUGUUGGAUCAGCUGAAGCAGUGCGCUGACUUUCUCGAUCGUGCUGAACGCUUCGAGUGCUUGGGUGAUCUUUAUAAACUCAUAUUGCCGAUGUAUGAGCGCAAUCGUUCGUAUAUCGAGUUGGCGCAAUCGUAUGAGCAUCUCAUGCAAGCUUAUAAUAAAAUCGUCGAAGUGAAUCGUUCGGGCAAACGCAUGUUGGGUCGUUUCUAUCGUGUCGUAUUUUUCGGCAUGAUGUACUUUGAAGAUGAUCACGCAGUUGAGUUUGUUUACAAGGAACCGAAACUAACUUCACUUAGCGAGAUUUCAGAGCGACUCUCGAAACAAUACAAAGAGAAAUUCGGCGAGGAUGUGGUCAAGAUGAUAAUGGACUCAUCACCGGUGGAUCCUAAUGCGCUCGAUGCCAAAUUGGCCUACAUCCAAGUCACCCACGUCAUACCAUUCUUCAGCAAAGAAGAGCUCGAUCAGCGCCUAAACGAAUUCGAACAAAAUCACGAUGUCGACACUUUUAUGUACGAAACACCAUUCACGAAAUCCGGUGCUGCGCGUGGCAGCGUCGAGGAGCAAUGGAAGCGCAAGACGGUCAUCAAAACCACCUACUCCUUCCCCUACGUGCUGAAACGUAUACCGGUAAAGUCACGCGAAAUCAUCGAGCUGAGCCCCAUAGAGGUGGCGAUCGACGAAAUGCAAACGAAGGUUUCAGAACUCGAAGAGGUCAUACUGCCGCCAGCCGAUGUUAAGAAGCUGCAGUUGCGGCUGCAAGGUAGCGUCGCCGUCACCGUCAAUGCCGGUCCACUCGCCUAUGCGCAAGCAUUUUUGGACCCCAAAAUAGUGAGCAAUUUCUCCAUAGAUCGCGUGGAAGAUUUGAAGGACAUUUUCAGAGACUUCGUUAAGGUCUGCAAUACGGCCCUGCAGUUGAACGCGCGCAUGAUCAGCAACGAUCAAGCGGAAUAUCACAAUGCGCUCGCCGAAAACUAUCGCAAACUGUGUCAGGCGCUCAGCGAGCUACUCGGUGAGCCGUUUCAACCUUUGGAUGAUAGCGUCACGAGCGGGCAACGCAAUAGCAUGGCUUUGUUUAAUGCAAUCAGUGGCGCUUCGCAAAAUUCAAGUACUGCCUAA